AUGGGGUCUUUCUCCAAAGUAACAUAUGUUACUCCCAGUAAAAUAUUUUCAAAUUUUGGUAAUAAGUAUUGCAGAUUGAGAAAUUUUUCAUCAGUUCAGUUCGCUAUUGUUACCUUGUUCACUUUGGCCUUGGCUUUGGGCGUUCAAUCUUCUGUCAUUCCCUGGGGUGGUGUAGUGACACAAAUCGCUGGUCAUCCACUUGCACACACAUCCGUUAUAUCCCCACUUGGUUUACCUUUGGGUGCUAUUGCUCUUGGUCAUGGACCAGCUGCUGUUGCUGUACAUCCACCUGCCGCUGUCGCUGUACAUCCACCUGCUGCUGUCGCUGUACAUGCUGCACCUGCUGCCGUCCAUGUUCCCGCUGCUGUUCCUGCUGCUGUACAUGUUCCCGCUGUUGUAGCUGGUCCUGGUAGUUAUGUUGCCAAAACUCGUGGUGCUAUCCACACUGCCCCCUUGGCCGGUCAUCUUAACUCAGUAGCCAAUGUUAAUGUUGCCCCAGCUCCUGGCACCAUCUAAACAUAGAAUUUAUUC